CCCCCGACCUCGGCGAGACCGCGUGCGGCGCGCCAUGACGAGCUCCGCCUCCUCCUCCCCUUCCCGCAAGGUGCUGAGCAAGAUCGCGUGCCUCCGGCUGCAGAAGGAGCUCGGGGAGUGGCAGGCCAGCCCUCCCGGCGGCUUCACCUACAAGAUCGCGUGGGUCAUCGAGGUGUCGGGGGCGGAGGGGACGCUCUACGCCGGUGAGACCUACCGGCCGCAGGUUGACUUCCCGGAGCAGUACCCCAUGGAGGCUCCACAGCGCGUCGUCGUCGAAUUGAGGUAG